UCGCUUCCUGUUGUCAGGAAACUCCUCAGGGACGUUGACCUCACCUAUGAUGACAUUAACCUGAACAGAGAAGCUUCACUUUUAGCUCCACGAACACCGGACAAUGAGCUAAUCGUCUGCGGGACGUACAACGAGCAGCUGCCGCCGGUGACACUUCACGUAAUGACGGUGACACAGUGACGUCCUGCAGCUAAAACAUCUAGCCUAGCCUGGCUAAGCUAACUCGGUCGGUGAGAGUCAAACAUCUCCGGGACGCCUCUCCGACAGAAGUGCGACUUUCCUCGCUGUCAACUGGACCGUCUGCGUGUUACGAUCCUCCAUCCUCCCGUGUGUCCGACAAAUGGCUCUGGUGACGGUGAUAGGGAGGCUGCUGGCUCCCGUCCGGUUACGGGAAUACUGCCGCAGGACGGCGGCGGUGGCGGCUCCGGGCUCCUGGCUGACCGGGCUGAGGGGGUUCACCAGCGGCACACGGCCGCUCAGGUCGGACAACAAGGUGACAAUUAACUUCAUCAACCGAGACGGGGAGAAGGUCACGGUGAAGGGUUCCCCUGGGGACUCACUGCUCGAUGUCGUCAUUAAUGAAGACCUGGACUUUGAUGGCUUUGGAGCGUGUGAGGGAACGCUGGCCUGCUCCACGUGCCAUCUUAUAUUUGAUGAGGAUGUUUACAAGAACCUGGGGCCGGUCACAGACGAGGAGCUGGACAUGCUCGACUUAGCCUAUGGCCUUUCUGACACAUCUCGUCUGGGCUGUCAGAUCUGCCUGACGAAGUCUCUGGAGGGAAUGGUGGCCAGGGUCCCAGAGAGCGUAGCCGACAUCCGACAAAGCAAAGACGAAUCUGGUUAACCGCGGAGCUGCUGCUGUGGAACGAGGGUGUAGACAGUGUGGUUGUGUCCGGUCAGAACUGAGUGUACGACAUGCGCGCGCACACACACGAUGGUAGGUGUUAAACUGCCAGUACUGCUACUGCAGUACUUGGACAAAUGCCACGGCACUGCAUUUAUUUUUAAACCUCCCACCUCACAAGAAAUCUACAGACUACUUUUAAUAACUAGUAAGAAUGAGUACAGGACUUGGACUCAACAAAAUUAUUUUUAUAGGACGUAAAAGUGCCCCCUUCGGUUUACUGCACAGAGUCUGUUCGGACAUAAACCGUUUAUAAAGAUGGACGAUACUUCUCUACUUCUUCCACUAUCUAUAUGUGAAGCCUGAAUAUCGUGAGUACGGGCGCUGCCUUCUUGCACAUCUGGAGACAGAGUCUGUGCUGCAGCAACCAGAGGAGGGAUUUUAUACUAUUUUGAGAUACUUGGCUUCACUUUUGGGGAGAUGUCAUGUUGUCCAUCUUUAUAAACAGUCUGUGGAUAGAACACUGCUGCUGUAUUGUGAUGAAUAACAUCGACAUUUAAGAGGUAUAAGCUCUAAACUUAGGUAAACCAAUCACCUCAUUGUAAACUCUGCCUUUUCAUCAUUUCAACAUUUAUUUGUCUCUGUGGAUGUAGUGGACGGCAGUGUGUGUUGUGGGACUCUCGCUGUUCUUCUGUUAUCCAGCCAAGUGUCUUUCUCUCAUUACUGCGACUUAGUUUCCACGUCGAGUCGCAGAGAACAAGUUUCUUACAUCCAGACGUUCCGACCCGUCUCUUUCUGUGUGAAUCCAGUCGUAUCCACUGACCAAGCUGAGUGACACGUGUGUGUGUGUGUGUGUGUGAGCCAAUAACAGUUCUCGAUGCCUUAAAGAUUGUGCUGAUACUGACCCCUCUCCAAAAAAAACGUAUUUUAUUAUAUAUAUAUAUAUAUAGAUGUACUCCUGCCUUGUUGGUUUGAUUAAAUCUGUCUUGUGACCAUAUAACUUCAUCAUGUGAUUGUACAUAACUAGAACACAAACACAUCUGUGCAUAGAGUGAAAAAUAAUGUAAUAAAAAGUCACCUUUCUAAA